UUUAUUUAUUAAUUAAUGUACACCCAUCAACUUUUAAGUGCACCUCUUCCUCCAUAUAUAGCAGGUUUCAGCUUCCAUUCAAUUCAGUUGUGGCCAUUGGCAUUGGUGUAUGUUAUUUGGAGGGGGGUUUAUCAGAAGUUUUUGCUGAUAAACUUCACCACAUUUUGUUCCCUCCAUUAAAUUGUCUGCAAAAUUGAGAGUUCCAUUUGGGAGUUGCAUUGGUCUCUCUUUAUACUUUUUUUGGGUUUUGUGGGGGUGUUUUAGCUGGAAUCUCUGCUAAAUUUGGAGGUUCUUUACUCACAUUGGCUGGGUUAAUUUUGUGCAUGCCAGAUAUUAGAUGGGUGUUUCAUUUUGAGUUUUGGGGUCCUUCUCUUUGCUUCAAAUUUGUGGGUCUUCGCUUCUGCAUUUUAGUUUUUCUUUUUCUGAGCUUGUUAGGAAGGGCUGAUUUCAAUGGCCAUGAGUGUGGUGUAUGUGUUCAUGUUGUUAAUGGUCUCGCCAUUUGCGUAUGGGGCUCAUGAUUAUGGCGAUGCUCUAAGUAAGAGCAUUAUGUUCUUUGAGGCUCAGAGAUCUGGUUAUCUUCCUGGAAAUCAGAGGGUCAAAUGGAGGGCUGAUUCUGGAUUGCAUGAUGGGAAGGCCAGUGGGGUUGAUUUGGUGGGAGGGUAUUAUGAUGCAGGGGACAAUGUGAAAUUUGGGCUCCCCAUGGCAUUCACAAUAACCAUGAUGUCAUGGAGUGUUUUGGAAUAUGGAAAGCAAAUGGGGAGCAAUGGGGAGCUCGGUCAUGCCAUGGAUGCAAUCAAAUGGGGUACUGAUUACUUUAUCAAAGCCCACCCUGAACCUAAUGUCUUCUAUGGAGAGGUGGGUGAUGGCAACACCGACCAUUACUGUUGGCAAAGGCCAGAAGAUAUGUCGACAUCUCGUUCUGCUUACAGGAUCGAUCCAAGUAACCCUGGUUCAGAUCUGGCUGGAGAAACAGCCGCCGCCAUGGCUGCUGCUUACAUGGUUUUCAGGAGAUCCAAUCCUGCCUACUCCACGCAGCUUCUGAACCAUGCCAAACAGCUAUUCGAAUUUGCCGACAAAUACAGAGGCAAAUAUGAUAACAGUAUCACCGUUGCCCAGAAAUAUUAUCGCUCUUUCAGUGGCUAUGCUGAUGAGUUGCUUUGGGCAGCUGCAUGGCUAUACCAGGCCACCAACGAUGAGUACUACUUGGAGUACCUUGGAAACAAUGGAAACUCACUUGGAGGGACUGGAUGGGGCAUGACUGAAUUUGGCUGGGAUGUGAAAUAUGCCGGAGUUCAAGUUCUUGUCUCGAAGUUCCUGAUGCAAGGAAAAGGUGGUCGCCAUUCUGCUAUAUUUGAGCAAUACCAACAAAAGGCAGAAUAUUUCAUGUGUUCAUGCCUUGGCAAAGGCAGUCGCAACGUACAGAAAACACCUGGUGGAUUGCUUUUCAGGCAGAGAUGGAAUAAUAUGCAAUUUGUUACGAGUGCCUCAUUCCUUCUCACUGUCUAUUCUGACUACCUCACCUCAUCUGGCAAGAUUAUGCACUGCAAUAGUGGAACUGUACCAGCAUCUGAACUGUUGGCCUUUGCCAAGUCCCAGGUGGACUAUAUACUUGGCGACAACCCUAGGGCGACAAGCUACAUGGUUGGUUAUGGGAGCAACUAUCCUCAGCAGGUGCACCACAGGGGCUCAUCCAUUGUGUCUUUUAAGGUAGACCCUUCAUUUGUGAGUUGCAGGGGUGGUUAUGCCACCUGGUUCAGCCGAAAGGGAAGUGAUCCCAACCUCCUUGCUGGAGCCGUUGUCGGAGGGCCAGAUGCUUAUGAUAAUUUUGCAGAUCAGAGGGACAAUUAUGAGCAGACAGAGCCUGCAACAUAUAACAAUGCACCUCUUGUUGGCAUUUUGGCUAGGCUCCAUGCAGGAAAUGGAGGAUACAACCAGCUCCUUCCAGUGGUUCCGAGCCCCGCACCAGUGAACAAGCCGCAACUGCAUCCAAAGCCCCAGAUCAGGCCCACUCCUCCAGUGCAAAACAACUCUCCUAUUUCAAUAUCUCAGAAGGCCACAGCCUCGUGGAACUUGAAGGGUAGGACAUACUACAGAUACUCUACAAUUGUGACAAAUGGUUCCAGCAAAAACAUUAAAGACCUCAAGCUUUCUAUCUCGAAGCUCUAUGGUCCACUUUGGGGCCUGUCUAAAACAGGUGACUCCUAUGUGUUUCCUGAAUGGCUUGACUCACUACCAGCCGGAAAAAGCCUGGAAUUUGUAUACAUCCAUGCUGCUUCCCCUGCCGAUGUGACCAUUUCUGGCUUCAACUUAGCCUGACCACCUCAGAAGUCCUUCUUUUCUCCACUUUUUUGAGUUUGGGGUUGUGGAUUUGGAUUUGAGGUUGGGUUGUGUGUGUAUGUAAGAAUGUGCAGUUCUAUACUGUAGAGAUAAGAGAGUCUUGGAAGAAGGUUUGUAUGUGGGUGUUAAAUUAUUAAAUGAGAAAGCAUAGGACAGGUAAUGGGAAUGAAUAAAGUAGGGGUUGGGGGAGAAAUGGAGAGAAGAGACAAAGGAAUUAGAAGAGCUCAUCCUCUUUCUCCCCCUCCUCUGUAUAGGCAUAAUCCUGUGUUUAGGAGAGGGACUCCUCUUUUCUUGUUUCAUAUGAGGAGGGAGUCUUUGACAGCUUCACUGACUUUGGUUGUUGGGAGGCAAAGAAGGGCCUUUCAACUUCUCUUACAAGGGAGAUCUGUCUGGAGGUGGAAAAGGAAUCAUCCAGCUGAUCUGCAGGUGUUCUUUUAGUGUGUGUGUGUGACAGAAUCACUUGGUCUUGUUUGGUGAGAGAAUGUGUUGGGAGGUAAAGAAACUGACCUUCUCACCUGUCUUUCACAACUGCCUUGCCUAGGGAGAAUCUCUUGGUCCCAUCUUACCAAGUGCUUGGGCCUGGUGUUUUGCUUUUUUUAAGUUUUUCCCGUAUUUGCAGUUUUAGUCUUCUUUUUGUAUCUUGUGGUUGUGAGUGCUUUAUUGAAUACAUCCCAUUUGAAGGAUAUGUUACAUGGUUCACUGUGUUUCCUUUGUAUGGAAAUCAUCAAAUCAAUGAAAGUGUAUUUGAGGUACUUGGAAA